UGUGACUGCUUUCUUCUUCUUCUUCUUCUUUUUUUUUUAUAAAACCAAAAAAGUUUUCCUCACGACGUAGUCUUGGAGCCAGACUUGAAGAAUGAUUCGUGAAUCCGGAAUGGAUGACAGCGUCACUACCACAUAUUUUUGACCAUGGAUCCUUAUGAUUCACAAGGAUCAACUUCUAGACGAAGAACCUCAAAUCUUAAAGAUUACUUUGUAGGUGCUACCCCUCUGCAGAAACGACUGGAAUCCAUCAGGAGACAGAGUUCAUUUUUUCCCAGUCCACCUCGAAGGAAAAUUCCCCAAGGUACAGAGUUGCAGGAAGAAAUUGAUCCUCAGAAGGUUGGAUUUCUCCUCCACAAACAAUGGACCGUAUAUAGUUUAACUCCCCUGUAUAAAUUCUCUUAUACUAAUUUCAAAGAAUAUUCUAGACUUCUAAGUGCAUUUAUUGCUGCUGAAAAGCAAAAAGGACUUGCUGUGCAAGUGGGAGAAGACUUUAACAUCAAAGUGAUUUUCUCUAAUCUAGUUGGAGUGAGAGGAACACAAAGGGACCCUGAGGCAUUUCUUGUGCAGAUUCUUUCAAAAUCUCAGUCAUCCAGAGAGCACAGAGAAGGUAGAGUGUUGUGGACUGGUUGGUUCUGCUGUGUCUUUGGAGAGAGUCUUCUGGAGACUGUUUCAGAAGACUUCACCUGUCUACCCCUAUUCCUUGCAAAUGGAGCAGAGUCCAAUACAUCUUUAAUCGGAGGCUGGUUUCAGAAAACCUUUGACUGUUGCUUCAGUCCUUUAGCAAUCAGUGCGUUUCAUCUUUCCUGGAUGGCUGCUAUGUGGACUGCAUGCGAAAUGGACCAUUACAUGGCUACUACUGAAUUUUUUUGGUCUGUGCCCUGUAGCCCUCAAAGCUUGGAUAUUUCUUAUGCAAUUCAUCCAGAGGAUGCAAAAGCUUUAUGGGACAGUGUCCACAAAACACCUGGGGAAGUUACCCAAGAGGAAGUUGACUUAUUUAUGGACUGCCUUUAUUCACAUUUCCAUAGGCAUUUCAGAAUUCACUUAUCAGCCACAAGAUUGGUUCGUGUCUCGACAUCUGUAGCUUCAGCACACACUGAUGGGAAAAUAAAGAUUCUGUGUCAUAAAUACCUUAUUGGUGUGUUGGCAUAUAUGACAGAACUGGCAAUUUUUAAAACUGAGUGAAUUCUCGUAUGGACUACAAAUGAUGCAUUAUAAAUCCUCUCAGUUCUUUCCUGAGUUGCUAUUCCAAGUGGGGCAGUGGAAGACAUGUAGCACCUGGUUUUUGGUGGUGCCUUUGGCGUUUCCUCGGUGGAUCUAGAACAAAGCAGUGAUAGUGGGUGAGCCAUGUUCACGUGCUUCUGGACCCUUCAUAUCACUGUGGUCACGUUGUAAUGUGUAAUGCUGUAGAAGAUGCUGAGUUGUUAAUAUAAAAGUGUCCAACUUAAUCAAAUAAACAUCUAAAAUCUGGU